AUGGAUGCCACGGAUGCCACGUGCAAAGAUGUCGCGGCGGUGCCGAAACCGAGCGGCAACGCCGAGUCCCUUGGAAGGAGCGACUCGCUACAGGCGGUGCUCAGAUGGCAUGAGCAGGGACAAAAACGCUUGUCCAUUGGACUGGAGCUGGAAUGCUAUUUGCCAGACCUAGGUGCCCUGAUCGAUCGGCUGCUACCGGUGGACGACGUCCAAGAGCUCUAUGCCUUGGUGGCCAAGGAGCUGUCGAAGCGGGUGCUGCAAGACGAGCAUCGAUGCAGGACUUCGAGGUGCGUUUCGGCGGACGCCUGCGACUGGGGGAGGCUCUGGACCGCCACGGCCGACGGAUCCAUUCAGCCGGAGGGGAAGAAUCCCUUCCCCGUAGAGCUGGUGUCCAAACGGAUGAGUUUCGAUGACUUGGACGUGACCUUGUUCUGUGACAUGACCUCUGCCUUGCGCCUGGCACCGUUGCGCGCCGCGACCAAUGAAUCCACGGGUUUGCACGUGCACAUUGGAAGAUAUCCAGGCUUCUUCUCGGUGGAAGAGGUGGCAGCCAUUCUCAAGGUCUAUCUCCGUUUCGAAUCGGCCAUCAAUACCUUGCUGCUGCCGGUGACGCGGCAGCGCAACCGCUUCUGCCGCGACUUCCGCGAGGUCUUGGCGCGUGCCCAGGGCCUGGAAGGUGAUGAGGAGAAGCUGCUGGCGACCAUUGAUGCGGCGGUGAAGGGGAUCCAAAAGAUGAGUCCUAAGGUGCGAUCUGCUUGUGUGGAUGGAUGUGUAGCCUCCGUGAGCAAAGGGGAUUUGAUGACAGCACUGCUUGGGGAAGGUGGACUGUGGAGGCUGAAAAGCCCCAUCGAAACCCUGGAUUUGGAGGCAGAUGGGCGUCCCAUGCUGUUGCCAGCUGGACUGACUCUGAAAGAGAUGUCCUGCAACGGCAAACGCCUAUGGAGCCCGCCCACGGCGCAGGAAUUGCAAGCUCUCUGGGGGAAAGAUGGUGGAGGGGAUGCACCUGGACAGCUGGCUGACCCACCAACACCCUGGACAGUGAUGGAGGAGUUCAGUGAGAAAGACUACUUGCAGUGUCUCUUUCAGAAGCCAGACGAGGUGUCGGCAGCUUCUGUGGAUCACUGGCUGCUCAGAGAUUCCUUGAUCUUGGAGAGACACGGAAUGCGCUACUGCAAGUUAAAUAUCAUGCGCAUCUGCCAGCCCAGCGAUCGCGCCACCCUGGAGUUUCGGCAGUUUCCGGGUGGCGACUUCAAUCAGCCGCUGCUGAUUUGGGGCUGGGUGAAAUUUUUGGGCUUGUUGGUGACUCAUGCCUGUGCAUGUGCAGAUGGAGUGUCGCCCUUCCCAGCCGAAGGGUCAGAAGAGGAGCUGAAACGCUUCUUGCGACUACGAUCUGAUAGUCUACUUUUGGCUUGGUUUCGAGAUGUGCGGAACCGGCUCCCCAAACCCGAAGUGGCGGUGUUGAACAUGAAACAACGCUGGGAAAAACACUGGGAACAAUGGGCCAGAGAGGCCCAAGAGAUUCGAUCGCAAUUCCAGCCACCUUUUUCCAAGUUGCUCUCAGCGUGCAAAUCCUGGCGCCGGAUCUUUCAGGCUGCUUCCGGCAUGAAAGCCAUGUUUCCAUCCACGGAUCCUGUGUGGACUCCCUUGACGCAACGGCGUGUGGCCUGCGAAAGUUUCAUGCAAGAACUCUACAAGGCCAUCAGUUCCAGGUUGAAACAUCACAUCCAACUGCUGAUCGCGGCCGAAGAAAUCAGUCGAAGAUGUUCGUUGGAGACCCUGGUGCACUCCGUGUUGAGCGAUGGACGCUUGCGACGCAGCAACCUGGUGAUCCGCGAGCUCCAAGCGGCCGUGGCUGAGACCAUGGGCUGGGAGAAUUGUCCCGAAGAGCUGAGGAUCUCGGUGGGUGAGCUCGGCCGAAAGGGGGCUGAGCUCACCUUGGACUAUGCUCGCAACCUCUUGGAUCACUGCGAACGGCCGCAGAGAUGCGCCGCGCUGGCAGAUGCGCCGACGGCGGAGACGGUGGAGAUGGAGCCUGGGCCGGCGAUGGAAGGAUUGCUGCUGUGGCGGACCUAUCACGAGCUGUGUGCUUGGCUGUUGCUGCCACGAGUCGACGAAGUGGUCCCGCUCUGGGCCGGUCUGGCGCGCCGCGGUUGGGACUCAGAGCGUGUCCGUUGUCUCUGGUCUCGGCUGUGGGGAGAUGCCACGACUCGGGCCAUAGCGUCCAGUUGGUUUGCGGCAAAAGUGGUGGCGGGUGAUGACAAUGUCUAUAUAUAUAUAUCUAUAUGGUACCCGUAUCUAAAUGUUAUGAUAUCAAAAUAA